UUUUAGAGUAACGUCCCUUAGUAGGAUUUGUUGUGAAAUCAAAACGUGUUGAAUUUUUAUAAAACUGAAAAAUGACUACGAAAAUAAAGUGUUAUUACGAUGUUCUUGGUGUUCCUAGAGACGCAAAUGCUGAAGAUAUGAAAAAAUCGUAUAGAAAGUUAGCUUUGAAGUGGCACCCAGACAAAAAUCCUGAUUGUUUAGAGGAAGCCACAAAUCAGUUUCGUUUGAUUCAACAGGCUUAUGAAGUUCUCAGUGAUCCACAAGAAAGAGCCUGGUAUGACAAUCAUAGAGAAGCCAUAUUACGUGGAGGUUUAGGUAAGGGAGAUAAUUAUACCGAUGAUAGUUUAGAUGUAUUCCAGUAUUUUACAUCAUCUUGUUACUCUGGGUAUGGUGAUGAUGAUAAGGGAUUUUAUGCUGUAUAUCGUAAAGUUUUUAAGACAAUAUUUGAAGAAGAUGUACCAUUUAUGGAAGAUAAAGAUAGUGAUUUUGAGUAUCCAGAUUUUGGUAACUCAAAGAGUUCAUAUGAAGAGGAUGUCCGACCAUUUUAUGAUUUUUGGAGUAGUUAUUUCACUAUGAAGUCAUAUGUCUGGGUGGAGAAAUACGAUACUAGAGAAGCACCUGAUCGUUAUUCUCGACGUAAAGCAGAGGCUGAAAAUAAAAAAUUUAAAGAUGCUGCUAAAAAAGAAAGAAAUGAAGAAAUAAGGAAUUUGGUUGCUUUUGUGAAAAAGCGUGACAAAAGAGUACAGGCUUAUAGGGUAGCUAUGCAGAGCUAUCAGGAUGUUGGCUGGUCAUCAACAGCAGGUUUAGAAGAUCAAAUGGCCAAUCAUGAAAAAUCUAAAAAACAUAAAGAUAAUGUAGCUAUAUUACGAGAUCAAUUAUUAGAGGAGGAUGAAGAUAAUGAUAUAGAUAAAAAAGAUGAAGAUAAUGUAGAUUUACAAGAUGAUGCUCUAGAAGAUGAAAUACAAGAUCUUACUCUAGAUCAGCCCAAAUCUAAGUAA